CUUUUAAAAGAGUUAUUAUCUCAGUUGAUCCCGAUAACGGAAAGCCUUUUGAAAACAUCAAUCAUAUAUAUUCUUGCUUUCGUUUUUUCCCUGAUUAUUAAUUGAUUCUAAUCUUUGUCUUGUAAAUUUGAUAUCUUAGUUUCCCAUAUAAACCUUAUAAUUAUAUAUACACAUUAAUCAGUGUUCUUAAUUAUUUGGUAAAUCCCACGAACAUGGAACUUGCUAUGGUUAAUUCUCUAUUCGUUUCAGCCAUUUUCUUUUUCUCCAUUCCCCUCUUGCUCAACUUUCUUCUUCGCAAUAAGCUGAGAUCCAAAAAAGAUGAGGCACAACUACAAUCGCUACUUCAGACUCCUCCAGGCAGCACCGGGUGGCCUUUCAUCGGUGAAACUAUAGAAUAUCUCUCUACCACCAAGGAGGGUGUCCCUGAAAGAUUCAUAAACGAUAGAAAGAAGAAAUACUCCUCCAAGCUCUUUAAGACGUCUUUGCUAGGCCAACCUAUGGUUCUUUUUUGCAAUGCUGAGGGAAACAAAUUUGUUUUCUCCAACGAGAACAGGCUUUUCACAUCCUGGUGGCCUAGCUCUAUUGACAAAUUUUUUGACACUCAAAACGCAUCCAAAAGCGAGGAGGCCAUGAAAAUGCGCAAAUUUGUCGCCCCAGUUCUGAAGCCAGACACACUCCGCAAGUAUGUGAACAUUGUGGAUUCAAAAACAAGACUCUAUCUAAAGGCUCAAUGGGAUGGCCAACAGGUUGUUCAGGUCCACCCUUUUGCCAAGGAUCUGACAUUUGUAUUAGCAUGCCGGUUACUUUUAGGCAUUGAUGAUGACAAAACAGUUGCACAACUUCAGAAGCCAUUUGGCCACUUUUCAGUAGGGCUUCUUUCGUUGCCUAUAGAUCUUCCUGGGACGAAUUUCAGGCGUGCAAUCAAGGCGGCCAAGCAGCUCCGGAAAGAGUUUGAAGUUAUGAUCAAAGGGUGGAAGAGUGACAGGUUACCAUCCCAAUCACAGGGCAUAUUGUCACAACAUGUACUAGAGCUGAAUGAGGAGGGAGAAGAAUCCGACAUGGCAACAAGGAUUUUAGCCUUGAUAAGUGCUUCUUACGACAACGUAAGCACCGCAAUGACUUUUGUAAUCAAGUAUCUGGCCGAGAUGCCCAAUGUGUAUGAUGCAGUCUUGAAAGAGCAAAUUGAGAUUGCGAGAGCAAAAGGAGUGGAUGAGCCCUUGAAUUGGGAUGACAUACAAAGGAUGAGGUAUUCAUGGAAUGUGGCAAGUGAAGUGUUACGACUCCAUCCACCAGCUAAUGGAGCCUUUAGAGAGGUGAUCACUAAUUUCACGUAUGCUGGAUUUCUCAUACCCAGAGGCUGGAAGUUACAUUGGAAUGCAUUCGCCACCCAUAAAAGUCCAGAAUACUUCCCGGAUCCAGAAAAAUUUGAGCCGUCAAGGUUUGAAGGAAAAGGGCUGGUUCCUUACGCAUAUGUUCCAUUUGGAGGAGGAGCUCAUAUGUGCCCUGGAAAGGAGUAUGCCCGAAUCGCAAUACUGGUGUUGAUGCAUAAUGUGGUCACAAAAUUCAAGUUAGAAAAGGUGUUUCCUGACGAGAAGGUUAUAGGUCUUCCCAUUUUAAGGCCAGCUAAAGGCCUUCCAAUUCGCCUUUAUCCUCAUCAACAACUCUGAAUACGUAUAUGCAUUAGCUUUCAUCAACACACCUCCACAACCCAUAUACAUGUAUUUAUUACUGUUUUUAAUAAUUUUAAAAUGAAUUAAAUGAGCACCAAUAUCAAUCAUUAAAGGAUUAAAUUCUUUAUUGCUGAUUAGUAUUAUUUUUCGUCUAUAGUACUGUAGUAAACUUUAUUUUGUAAAUGAAUUUAUUGGCAAAACAAAGUUUGUAUUGAUAAAAUAAACUGGCUCUAACUCUAUUUUUUCUUCAAAAAAUACUUUGUAAAGUUAGGAUUACCAAACUACAUGUGGUAAUUGAGAACCUUGAUACAAUAUA